AUGGCAACAGUUGCCGGUGAAUCACCGGAAGAAAAACCGAACAAUUAUUCGAUGGAAGAGAAUAUUCCGAACAUACCGUGGAUCGAUUACGCGGUGCAGCAAGCUCAGAUUGCGCAGGAAACAAUCGAAACAUCCGUCGAGAACGCAAUCCAAAGCACCAGAUCGAGAGUAAAUCGCAUUAUUACCACAUCCGCCGCUCAUUUCAAUCAAACCAUUGAUUCUUUGCAAGAGGUCAAGUCUGAGUAUAGCGUGUAUGAGGAUAUUGCUUUUGGGAAGAUUAAAGAGGGUCUUCUUGUUGCUGCUUCUCACCCGUUGGUUACAACAGGGGCUGUUCUUGGUUUAGGACUUUUGGGUUUUAAAAGGCCUAGGCAAUUCUUAUACUACAAAACAAUGCAUCUUUUUAUUAGUGAAGAGGCAUUGCUUUCUAGGGCUGAUGCUAGAGUCAAGGAGUUGCGGCAAUCAAUUGAUAUUUUGAAGGCAGAAACUGAAAUGUUGGAGAGAAGUGCGUCUCAAGCUGAAGAAGAGUUGAAACGAGGUAGAACAAAACUCAGGCAGACAGGAAAGCAAAUUCAAAGUGUCAUUAACUCUGCAUAUAAAAUAGAAAGACAAGCUGGGGGCUUGAAGGAUGUUCUUAAGGAGCUUCCCAGUAGAGAAGCAUCCCGAUUUCGUUCACAAGUUUCUAACCUAGCUAAAGAGGUGAAGCAAGAAAGAAACGCUCUCACCAAGGAAGUCGCGAAGAUCAGCAAUUAUGGGAUUUCUGUCUGA